AUGCUGCCGAAUAAUGAGGUUCGUGUGCCCCCGCGGCCACUUACGCCGUCCGCUCCUCGGCGCGACAUUACGGCCGAGUUCACAGAAGCGGCCUCAAAGCUACAGAUCGGCGAACUCGUAAAAGAUGAGGCAUUCACACUCUUCGAAGCUGUUGGCGCAUUGGAGAUUAUGGACUCGAAAAUGGACAGCGGAUACAUUGCCUCAGGGGAGAACCAAGCGCAGGCGCUGGAGGACAAUUACGAUGUGCGACAAGAGUUGUCACCGGAGCAGGUCGUGGGUUUGAUGGACCAGUUGCUUUGUUAUGAGAUGGCAUGGCAUAUGGGUCAUCCUCUUUCCCAGACGUUGUUUACAUCCAUCUAUCUCGACAAGCUACUGUGGCCAGUACCCAGGACCAUGGAGGAUGCCCGAUUUGACCGUGUGCCUAGCGACUCACCCCUCAUCAGCCUUGUGCUUCGCUCAUAUUGCCUUGCACUGAUCAAGGCCUGCGACCUUGUUCAUAGCCGAGUGGCGGGCGAGUAUUACUACGAAGAAGAGGACUUUGUCGCUCAGCUUUACCAUCGUAACCUGUUAUCUCCCUUUGACCCCUCCCACUUUUACCGCCUGCUGGACCAGGCGGUUGCGUGGGUGGAUGCACAGAAUGAAAUGGACCAAAAGCUUCGAGAUGCAAUUCGGACUCGAUUGAUGUUUCGGUAUGAAUUCAUGACUGCUCUUGAUCAGGAUCUUGAGGUUUUGGAUACAAGGUCCACAGAAAACUUCAAAUCAUGUUUAGCACACCUCGAUGCUCUGAAGGAGUCUUACCCCCUUGGCAAACCAGUGCCAGAAGCUUUCAGUUUGAAGAUUCAACGCAAACUUGCCAGCACUGUGCCACCUCGUCCAAUCGUGCAUAUCAAUCAUGAAGAUGCACUUGAUCAUCUCAAGCGUCUCUGCAAAGACGCUAUUGACAUGCAGCAAAUUCUUGAAUAUUGGGGACCUACCAACAUCAAGACUGCUAUAUGGACGCUUCUUUCUCGAAAGCCCCAGCCCUCCGUUUAUAUUCGCUGUCUGAUGCAAGCUUUGAUCGUGAGCGACAUGACUAUUCUAGGGGCAGUAUCCGUCAGGAAAUUCCUUUAUGAUGAUCUUGUCGAGCUGGUACUGCCAUCAAGCAUUCUUCUCCAAUCAAAUAUGGAUGAGGUGGAAGUUCCAUCCGAUCCUCGAUUCCAAAUAGCUCGACUCAUGGACGGAUUUGUGAAACGAUUUGCCCAGCCUUUUGUAGAUUCAGUGCGAUGUGCUUGCUUGAACCGGUGUCGUGUUCGUCGGACAGUUUGCCAUACUGUUGUGGACUGGGAUAAUCUUCAGAUGGAAGCCGAAGAACUCGAUUUACAACUCCAAUCCCUCAGCAAGGAGCCUCCGCUGCAGCUUCAUGGUGGCGAACCAACCUACUCAUAUCCACUCAGCAGCUGGGCAUACCAUCAGAAAUUAACACAGCUUCGAAUGAUCCUUCAGAUGGGCUUUGAGCUUUCCAUCUACUCACCAGAGGAGCUCCCAGGGAUGUACUGGUAUCUUUCGCACAUCUGUUCCACUCACCUUGGCCAUCUUGAUCGGAUACGCACUUUUAUUGUCGCAGCUCGAAAAAGAGACUUGUCCGCUUCAAACAUCCAUGCAGCAAGCACCAGUCGGGCAGCUGCCGCAUUUCACAGAUGUUACCGGUGCCUGGAAAGACUGACCACGCAGCUCAUUGCUGUGGAUGCUUUCGCGAUUGCCCUCCACGCAUUAUACGUUCUUCUGGCACGACACAAGGUACUACCAUCUGCUGCCGGGUCUGAUGCGUACUCAACGGACAAGUUACGCUAUGAGAUUCGCAUGAAGCCCUUCCUCCCCAUAUCUCUACCUGAAUUAGUUCCGUAUGAAGAAUAUCACCGCGAGGCUACUCUACAAGGUGAUACAGACGUGACCAUUUUAGAACGUGCCUCCAAAGCCAUCACGGAGGCUAGAAAGGCCUGGGAAGCGACACUUGCCCAUGGCGCUUUUGUUGAGGCUGUCUCGGCGAAGAAGACUCCACCCAUUGCCAUUGAGGAAGAUUGGCAACGCAAUGUGAAGGAUACUAUGCGUGCUUGUAUCGGAGCUAGCAUUGCCAUUGAGACGGUUAAGAAAGCACUUUAUAGUGAUGAAAGGCCGGUGAAAUUGCAGGUCAAUAUCCCCGAGGUCGGGAGCAAGAGCCGAUGGCAUGAUUGGUGGAGCGUGCCGCAAGUUUCGCAGCAGUCAGAGUCUUAG